UGUAGGAAAUAUUUAAAGGGUCUGUCCAUUAAAAAAGAACCCGAUCAUGUGGUGAGUUGUGACAUUUGCCUCUUGCGAAAUAAAGUCAAAACGCAAUACACUAAGGAAAGGUAGUGGUAUAAAAAUACUCCUUCCACGACUACGAUUGUCUAUGCGUGCGUUUUGACGAGUAUCGCAUUAAAAGAGAUAUAUUUUUGUAUCCGCUGUAUACGUCGGGCUUUGCACAAACAUAACAAAAAUAUUAUCGAACGGUCAUGACGGGGUAUUGAGCUCAUGGCGCAGACAAUUAAUAAAAGUGAUACUUUUUAUAGUUCAAAGCAUACAAAAAUAGUUGAUUAGAUAUAAUUUUUCAAUUUUUAACUUCGUGAAUAACGUAGGUCCAUUGUUUGAUUGUUAAGAGCUGUUCCGUAUACGCUUGGACCGUGGAAACGUGGAAAGUUUCGGUUUGAUUUUCAACAUGUAUAGAACGACUAAAAUGAAACAUUAGUGCUAGUAAGAGUCAUAAGCUCUUGCGAUCUUUAUCAUCGCUAAUUAGUUCCAGAAAUUCUUCAUGUGUUAUUCCUAGACUGGUUCCAAAAAUAUUCAAUAUGCCUUCUUGCAAGGAAGUUUGUCAAUAUCAAAAGAAAUUUGAAGAAUUAAACAUGCCUGAUAAAAGUUCUUUCAAUACUGCAAAAUUUGUCUUCAAUAGACAAUUCAACAACAAAACCAAUCAUCAAAAUCUGAUAAUGGAUGCUCGACUGCACUAUUCCAAGAAUCUAUUUAAGAAAAAUCUUUAUUCCCAUUAUGGAUGUGUGAAUGCAGUUGAAUUUUCAAAAGAUGGAGAAUUGCUUAUUUCUGGUGGUGAUGAUAAACGGGUGCUUUUAUGGAAUGUCAGUCAAGCUAUUCAUGACUCUGGAAAACCAAUUGAAAUGAGAGCUCAACACUCUAGUAAUAUAUUUUGCUUGGAUUUUAAUAGCAGUAGAACAAAAAUUUUAUCUGCUGGUAACGAUGAUCAAGUUAUUGUUCAUGAUAUUCAAACGACAAAAAUUGUGAAUUCAUUUAUUCAUGAAAAAGCUAUUUACGGCUUAUCCUCACAUCCUCAUAGUGAUAGCAUAUAUGCUAGUGCCUGUGAUGAUGGAAGAGUUUUGGUUUACGAUACAAGAGGAGACGCUAGUUCUCCUGAAUCCUUUUUUUGCUUGGCGCAAUAUGAAAGUCCUUUUCAUUCUGUAAUGUUUAAUCCUGUUGAUCCAAGAACUUUAGUGACUGCCAAUUCAAAGGAAGGGUGCAGUUUAUGGGAUGUAAGAAGACCAUUAACGCCACUAGUAAAAUAUGGAAAUGAAAAAAAUCAAGGUCCAUCACAAAAUGGUAUGUUUAUUGGAUUCAACGAUGCUGGUACUAAAUUAUUGGCAAUCCGAAGACGAUUACCUCCAGCAGUUUACUCAGUAAAUUCUCCACAGCAUUUGUGUCAAUUUGACCAAGCAGGAUAUUAUAAUAGCUGCACCAUGAAAUCCUGUUGUUUUGCAGGAACUAACGAUGAAUAUAUACUAUCAGGAUCGGAUGAUUUUAAUUUAUAUAUGUGGAAAAUCCCAACUGAUGAUACAGAAAAAUGGGUUGAUUCUGCACAUAUCAUAUUACGAGGACAUAGGUCAAUAGUUAAUCAUGUUCGAUACAAUAAAAAUAGUUGUGUUCUUGCUUCAUCUGGAGUUGAAAAAAUAGUAAAAUUAUGGUCACCAUUUCCACUAGGUGAAAAAUGUUCAGGAGGUCUAAAAGUAGAAGAUGAUAAAAAUGAAACACAACGCAAAGUUUAUUCGCAUGACGAAUAUAUUGGUUUAAUUUUGAGAACUGGUCAUGUGAUGACUCAUGAUUACAGCCAUGAAUGUACUGACGAAGAUCAAAGAAUGAUGGCCUUCUUCGACUCACUCGUUCAACGAGAAAUUGAGAGUUGGAGUUCCCGAGAAUCAUCGUCGUCAAGCAGCUCCACCGAAAUAGAAAACGAUAACGAUUUUAGCGAUCGUUCGAGUUCAGAGGAUUUGAUCGUUUUAGAAUUAUCUUCAUCAUCGCCUUCUUCGAGCACGCACCUCCAUGUUCGUGCUUAUAUCGAUUCAGCUGCCAACGAAUCAGAAGAGCAGAAAGAUGAAACUGAAGAAUCAUGGGAGACUCCAAACCGAAUUACUCAAUUAAUUGCUAAUCGACGCCGAAAGCUCAUGCAACUCGCUGCCAUGGAAGCUUCUCCGAAGACAAUAAAGGAUGAUAAAACUGCAGGGUCGCCAACAGUGUUUGCUCCGAAAUCCGUAUCAUCCCCAAUUUUAAACAGAUCAAAACCAAGAAAGGUUGAAAGGAAAAGCAUAAUGCAAAAAAGUAAAAUGCAGUCUGUUAAAGAUAGAAUAAAAACACGAGAGUUAAAAGGAAAAAGAGGGAACAAACGAACUUUAAGAAUUGACAGCGAAACUGAUAGUGAAGAUGAAACCCACAAUACUCCUUCUCCUACUUUGUUCGUUGAUGCAUCGCAACCGAGCACCAGCAGUGGAGUUGUAUCAUCCAGUUUUACUAAAAAAUAUUUGCAAAUAAAAUCUCGUUCAGCAAGCCUCAGUAGUUCAGACGAAAGUCUGGUUUUAUCUGGUACAAAAUCUUUAAAUAAUAAAAGACGAGAAGCAUUAAGUUCGAAUUAUGAUUCUGAAGAGAGUCCGAGCAACACUUUGUCACCUCAAAAUCGUAAAAUAACUCGGAAAACAGUUACCGCUCGUCGUAUCAAUUAUAAACGUCAAAAGCUUGAAAAUAAUGAUACUGAGCAUUCAAAUGCUGCGUCAACAACGGGAAAUUUUGGUCAAACUUCUUUGGCACAAAGUUCUGACAGCGGUAUAACAUCAAGCGUUUCCACUACUGAGGUACAAACAACUACUACAAGCCCUAGAUCAGAAAAUAUUAAAAUUGUUCCAAACAAGUCGACUAGGAAUCAUCGCGUGUACAGAAAACAGCGAUUCAAAAUAAGCUAUAGUAGCGAAUCGUCGGAGGAUUGACGCGUUGAGAACUCGGAAACUGAAUCUGUGAUUCCUCGAGUUAAAUAUAUUUUUAUAACAUGAUAUCUAUUAUAGUUAUGUGUAAACGCGCUUGAUUUUCAAAUGUGCGUUUGCUGCAGUACAUCUAAUGUGAAUCUAGAAUGGUUAAAAUUUAUUAAGAAUGAGUGGUUUAUGAAAUUAUACUCUGAAAACGUACGAGAUAAUUAUGAUUUAAAUAAACUGAAUUACUUAUAAUAUUAA